AUGGACGCACACAUCCCAGACAGGGUCGCCAGCUCGUUCGCAGAGUCGGAAGAGGCAGGAUACAUCCACUUGUACGCCUCGACGAGCUGCGAGCCGGUCCAGGACGUGUUUGAACAUUGGGGCCAUAUCGUCCCUCAACUCGCAGAUAAGCCAGCUGUGCCGCCCAAGACCCCCGAUCUGAGCAAGCGGCGAGACAAGGAUCCUCUCGAAGGCCCCGACUACGGCAGGGGAGAAAAGGUCCUCGACCUGGAGGAAGGCGGCGUGACGUACUCGAUCGUGCACAACCUCCACGCGCUCAUGCCAGAACACGCCAUGUUGAUCCCGCACUUCGGGACGUACGGCAACUCGUUUAGGCCUCAGACGAGCGACUUGCUCGAGAGCGAUCUGUGGGCGGCUUGGAGGAUCGUCAAGGCGUACGCGGAUAGCGGCCGCGAGGCAGUCAUCUUCUUCAACGGCGGUCCUCUCGCCGGUGCAUCGCAGCCUCAUCUCCACAUCCAGUUCUGCCCCUUCCAGCACUCUGUCCCUCCAGGCCCGGAACAGAUCGCCUGCUCACUCCCUCCCACUCCCCCCUCCUCCCGCUCAUCCACCUCCUCACCCACUCUCGCCCCUCGCCUCCCCCUCCCCUGGGUCCAAUUCUACCACCCCCUCCCCUCUCACUCCUCACUCACCUCUUCGACCCUUUUCGAACUCUACCAAUCCCUCCUCCACACACGCUCAACAUUCCUCUCCACCAUUCACUCCUCUCGUCUUCCUCCACCGGGCCAAAAACGCGAAUCGUACAAUCUCCUCCUCACAUCCCGCCACAUCCACCUCAUUCCCCGGACAGAUCGACUCGUCAACGUCCCUCGUACCGGGGAGGGAAGGGAAGGACAGGAGUUCACGAUCUCGUUGAAUGGCUUGCUGUAUCUGGGUCUUUGGUAUGCUGCGAGCGAGGAGGAUUGGGAGGAUGUCAAGAGGCUGGGGUUGAGUAGGGUGCUGACGGAUGCGGCGUAUGAGAAUGAUGAAUGGGAGGGAGGGAAGUGA